AUGGCCGUUUGGUUUGGGGUAGAGGGAUUUCGUGGAAAUGGACGAGAAGGAAGUAGAACACGGAGGGUGGGUUCAAGGAUGGAAGAUCGGUUGCCACAUGGGUAUUUCGUGAAGAUGAAGAAGAAGGCAGAGGAAUGGGAAUGGUCGGUGAUGGAGAAAACAAUCAAGCAGGAGUUUGAAGUGAAAGCGGAGGACGUUGUCAAUGACGAUGCAUAUACAGGUGGAACUUACAAGCUGGGUGGAAACGGUUGGGAAGAGAAAGUGUUGAAGGGUAUUUCAGUGGAAGAAGUAUGCAAAAUGAAAUUUGCUUGCAUAGACGAGGCCGAAACAUUUUACAACAUGUUAGCAAAACUAACCGGAUUUAGUAUUCGAAAAGAUGAUUUGAAGCGAGACAAGAAUGGAGAUAUAAUAUCUCGAAAGUGGGUGUGUUCCAAAGAAGGACAUCGAGCGACAAAGUUUAUUGAGAAUGACAACCGACAGCGUGAGCCACGAUCGUUGACUAGAGUUGGAUGUGAAGCUGCAUUUCGUGUAGGCUUGAAUAGGAAAGAUGGAAAGUGGAUUGUAAAGGAAUUUAUAGGAGAUCAUAAUCAUAAUUUGGUCGAUGCUAUCAACAGACAAUUCCUUCGGGGACAUGAGCACGUCGGUUUCACACAAAAAGAUAUAUACAAUCACGUUGAUGCAAUGCGUAGAAGUGAAAUUAAAGACGGUGAUGCAGAAGCGGCAUUGGCUUAUUUGUGUGGAAAGGCAGAAAUGGAUUCUUCAUUUUUUUAUAAAUUCAACAUUGAUGAAGAAAGUCGACUAGCAAAUUUGUUUUGGGCUGAUUCAACUGCUCGAAUGGAUUAUGCGUGUUUUGGAGAUGUCCUAGCAUUUGACACAACCUAUAGGACAAAUGCCUAUAAAAAGCCUCUAGUAGUGUUGGUCGGUGUUAAUCAUCACCACCAAACUGUUGUAUUUGGUUGUGCGUUAUUGAUAGAUGAAAGUGUUGGGACAUAUGAAUGGGUGUUGGAGACAUUUCUUGAGGCAAUGAUGAAUAAGAAACCCAUAUCUGUUGUAACCGAUGGGGAUAAAGCUAUGCGUAAGGCAAUUAAAAAAGUAUUACCCGAUACGUGUCAUCGAUUGUGUUCAUGGCAUUUGCAACGAAAUGCAUUCACGAAUGUGCAUAUUAAGGACUUCUCAAGCAUAUUUGCAAGGUGCAUGUUCAUGCGUGGGAAUGAAGAAGAAUUUGAAAAGGUUUGGCAUGAAAUGGUUGCAAAUUUGGGACUUAAUGAGAAUCGUUGGGUGACCGAGAUAUAUGGGAAACGUAAAAGAUGGGCAGAGGCGUAUUUACGUGGAAAUUUCUUUGGAGGGAUGAGAACCACACAAAGGUGUGAGAGUAUGAAUGCAUAUCUAAAUAGAUUCUUAAAAAUUCGCUUGCGACUGUAUGAGUUUGUACAACAAUUUGAUAGAGCCAUAAUGAGAAUACGGCAAAACGAGGCAAAGGCAGAGUUCGAGUCGAACAAUUCUUCACCAGUGCUUUCAACCAAACUAUCCAUAAUUGAAAAUCAUGCUGCGACGGUAUACACGAAAGAAUCUUUUAUUAAAUUUCGUGAGGAGAUGAAAAAUGCAGAGUUAUUCUUUGUGGUAGGUCUUGGAAUGUUAGGGGAGCAGUUGUCGAAUGACCGAUCUGACAUGUACAUAGAUUGUGGUGAACUUAAUAAUCUGAAAAAAACAAUGGAAUGUGCAUGUGCAGAUAGCAGGAUUUCAGCAACAUGA